GAUAUUUUGUUGACCUACUUUUUAACAUAUAUCGGCCAUGAUAAAGCGCCAAAGAUGUAGGAGUUGAAAUGUCAUCGUUCGGAUUUGAUUAAAGAAGCACACUGUGGACUAGAUUUACAGUAGGGCACAGGAAGCAUUAAAGAUUGCUGUUGAUGAUGCCACCAAACAAAAGUAAAAGACCAGUCAGGGAAGAAGGGGAAGAUGUGGAGAGAAAAAACAAGAGACCAAGACUUGAACAAGAGGAGGAAGAAAUGGAUAUUGGUGGAUUGAAAAGUCCUAUACCAUCCCAUAACAAGCCAGCUGAGCUAUUCCGUAAAGACCUGAUUAGUGCAAUGAAGCUGGCUGAUACAGAGCAGUUGGAUGCAGAGAACUACUUGUUGAUCGCGGAUCCAUGGCGACAGGAAUGGGAGAAAGGUGUUCAGGUUCCUGUUAAUGAAGACACCGUGAACGAGGCCGUUAUCACGGAAGUGAAGUCUCAAGACAGAACUGCCGGGGAUUUCAAAAUACCAAGGAAAUACCUCCAUAGUUUGAAAGAUGAAACAUACCAGCAAGGUGUUCACGAGAUGACAGGUAUGCAGCAGCUGGCUGACCAGGUGAUACGAUAUGAUCUGGAUGACCUAGAUGUAUGUUGGUUGAAUCAGGCCAAUGAGUUGAGAGAGGAGACAUCGGAAAUUCUUAUUGAUGAAUGGGUUAUGGAGCAGGUCGUCGAAGCUUUUGAAAGUCAGUGCCAUGAAGUUAUGCAGAUUAAGAUGAAGACAGAAGAAGGUCUUGGAAUUGAAUAUGAUGAAGAUAUUGUGUGCGCAGUUUGUGCUUCUCCUGAAAGUGAGGAGUGUAAUGAGAUGGUGUUUUGUGAUGGAUGUGACAUUUGUGUACACCAGGCUUGUUAUGGCAUCCAGAAGAUUCCAGAAGGAAGUUGGUUAUGUAGAACUUGUGCCUUGGGAAUCAAACCAACCUGUAUCCUCUGUCCAAAAUCUGGUGGUGCAAUGAAAAGUACAAGGAGUGGUACAAAAUGGGCACAUGUGAAUUGUGCACUGUGGAUCCCAGAGGUCAGCAUAGGCUGUGUUGAGAAAAUGGAACCUGUCACCAAAAUCUCCCAGAUUCCCGCCAGCCGUUGGUCACUGGUUUGUUGCCUUUGUAAGGAUCGGAGUGGUGCCUGUAUUCAAUGCUCUGUCAAGGCCUGCAAAACGGCAUUCCACGUCAGCUGUGCUUUUCAGAGUAACCUAGAGACCAAAACAAUCCUGACUGAUGACAUGGCUGAUGAUGGUGGGGUCAAACUUAAGGCCUACUGUCCGAGGCAUAGCAAGAAAGGAGAAAGAAGAGGCUCAGAGUCUGACUCAGAAUCCCCGCGGAAGAGUAUAGGAGGGUCGCCUAGGAAGGAGCUGUCAGACGAAGAAAUCGCCAAAAUGAGGGCAGAAAAAAUGCAGCAGCUGAAUGAAGAUUUCUUCACCUCUGUAAAUGUGGAGGAAAUUGCGUCACAUUUAAAUCUCGAUGAAAGUGCUGUUGAAAUGGUCUUUAUUUACUGGAAACUGAAGAGAAAGGCUCAGUUUGACGCCCCUCUGUUGACGCCUAAGAAAGAGGAAGAGGAACUGCUGGAGAAACAACAGGAGGACUCGCUGGUCGCCAGGAUGAAGAUGUUUGUUCAGCUCCGACAGGAUCUAGAGAGGGUGCGAAAUCUCUGCUACAUGGUGAGCAAGAGAGAAAAAAUGAAAAAGCAAUUCUACAAGGACCGUGAAGCAGUAUUUGUGGCCAUGAACAAGAUACUGACAAAUAGCAAACUGCAUCUGGGACAGAGAGAAGUGAACAGGAUUGUGGAGAUGUACCAUUUCAAUAGUAUCUAUGAUACUAAUGUUUUAGAAAAUGUUCAAAUUCCCCCUGAAAUAGGUGAAAAUGAAGAGGACAUUAAUGAGGAGGAGGAUUCGGUGAUGCAGGACCCUCCUCAGAAGCCAGCAAAACUUAAAUUGGAAUUUUCUACAGAUCCAGUUGAUUUGAAGAGUUUAAAACAUGUAAAUUCACCAGAGAAGUCCCUGAAAACUCCAACCAGGCGGAAAUGGUCAAUACACAAGAGAAGUAGAAGAGCAAGUGAGAUGUUACAGGAGUUGUCAGAUGAUGGGGAUACAGGACUGUCCGAUGUGGAGUCCUUGUGCAGUGAACCGAGACUGAAAGCUGAGCCCAGAUCUCUCAGAUCUCAGAAGUCUCCUGGAAGCUCGCUGUGCGGGGAGGAGGAUGCAGUGGAUUGUCACAAGAAAACUCAGUCUCAGAAAACACAAGAAAAAGACUAUGUGGAGGAUCUUAAAAUUUCACAAGUCAAGUUCAAACAGAGAUCGAGGAGAGAGUCGUUCACGAAGGCAGAAAGGGAAUUACGCAAGGCGACUAAGUCUGACUCAAGUGAGGAUUUGUGUGUUCCUGAUAUGCUUAUUAGUUCAAAGUCAAAUAUUGUGUCUGAGAAAGUGAAAGCUGAAGUGAAUGGCUAUCUGCAGAACGCAAAACUUGUUAUACCAGAUAAAAUAAAAUCUCGAAUCCAUCGAGGCUUGGUUAGGAACAGAGCACAAAUUGCAAACAUUGCAAGUGGCUAUGUUCAAACAUCCUUAGACACAUUCUUUAAUUCUACCCUAGGAAAAAAUUCUCCUCUCCUCCGAUCUCCUAACACAAGAUCACCCAACACAAGACCAUCCACACCGAAAUCACCUGUCUCGCGCGUCCUCAAUGAAAUCUCACCUUGCCGGACAAGGCAUGGAUCUAGUAAUAGCAUUUAUAGAUCUCAGUCAAACUCACCCAAAAGAACAAAAGCCAUUCCUGAAGGAAUCACAAAUUCUGUGGGGAAAAACAUAAUAGAUGUUUUACCCCGAGAGACCCGCAGUGUACGGCGGCGUAUUGAUAAUGUGUUUGAUGUAUUUGACAUGGAUUUCGGUCACAAGAGCAGUGGAGAAAACUCGCCUGGCAGCACAGAACAAAGUGUUCGACAGCCAAGAUCCAUGUCGCCAGCCUCUCUCAAUAGUGACCUUGUGGAUGUGGAAAACAUUUAUGAGUCGGAUAAUACUCUGAAGCGAAUUACCAGAAGUCAAGGUCUAGACUCUGCCGAGAAUUCCAGAGACUCCUUCACAAGUUCACGCAGUGGAAGACGGAUUUUAACGUCAAUAAUGCAACCACCGCCCCGAAAGGUAAAGUACACCACUGCACUCAAAAACAUCCACUCGGAGCAAGUGAGCAAGUUACAAAACAAGGUUCAGCAAGACUGCGAUUUGUUGGAUGAUAUCAGAAAUUUCAGCAGACAGAGGUCUAUAAUAGAGAAGGAAUAUGGACAGGCUCUUCUGAAGUUAACCUCAGGUUUAUUAAAGAGAGAAUUCCAAGCUACUCCAGAUCUUCAGAAUGAGGAUGGCGUAGAAUCCAAGACAGCUUUGGAGGUAUGGAGGCUUAUCUUGGAGGAGACAGAAAAAUUGGCCAAGGCUCGACUCCAGGCAGCUGAUAUUCUGAUGGAGGGAAUUGCUGAGCCAAUCAAACCCUACCGAAUGGUCAAACAACAAAUCCAGAAAAGGCUGAUGCCUCAAUUAAAUGUUCUACAAAAUGAAGUUGGACAAACAGUAUUAGAAAUGGCAAAAGCCCAGAAGGAAUACAGUGUGGAUGAAACUUUGGCUCACGAUGCUAGGAUCAAAGCAGGGGAGCUCACUCAAAAACUAGCCAAACGAUCCACAGGGAUUUUUCAGUCGAAGUCAAGUUUGCAAAAACAGUGUGCCAAGCUGACAACAAGACGAGAUGCAUACAAUGCCAAAUCUGUGGAGGCUCGUAAUGAUUACCUUCUCCACAUAGCGGCCGCGAACGCACACCAGUCACAUUAUUACAACAAGGAUCUUAUGAAGCUGAUGAGGGCUUUAGAUGGAGACAUGUACGAGCGAAUUCUGGAGUAUUUCCACACGAUGGGUAACGCUUUAUUGGACGUCAGCAGCAUGGAGAAAUCAGCGAGUGAAACCAUUGCAAAACAGGCAGAUAUGAUCUGUCGAGACUUCAAUCAUCAAGUUUUUAUGUAUCGUAACCCAGUCUUUACAGAACCAGUGCAAUAUGUAUUUCAGUCUUGCCAAAAUGAUGAGUGCAAUAAAUUAUCAAAAGAGCAUAAUGGUGGUCAUCAAUUAGACAAAGAAGCCAGAAAGUGGGCCACAAAGAUCGCCAAGGAAACACGCUCCUUACGACAGAACAAAACGGUUCUCCAGGGAAUUGAGACACAGUACCGGGGGGAUAAGGCUUCGGAUGGAAGCAACAAUUCAGAACUACAGGAGCUAGAAAUCAAGAUCGAAGAAUUGAGAGAGAUCAUACGCAAAUCAGAGAUAGGGAAGGCAAAAGCUGAGGCAAGAAUUGAGUUGUUAAGAAAAAAAGUGAAUGUGGAGGAGUGGCUGGCCAGUGCCCAGGCGGAGAGUCUAAGGGCUGAGGAGGAAGAGCAGUCCCUGAGGUCCAGCCAGGGCUCGGUCUUCACCGACAACUCUGUGAAAAGUGAUGAUAUGGAGCCAACGUAUACCAAUUACGACUAUGACGAUGACUUUAUUGACGACUCAUUUGAACCGAGGAGAGAGAAGAGCCUGGUAUCAUAUGAAAUGGACACCUAUAGCAAUUUUAAUUACACUAGUCACUACCCACAGUUGUGCAGAGCCAUCUACGAUUUCCAGGGCUCCAAUGUUGAUGAACUGAAUUUGCGGGAGAACGAGGAACUUGAGAUUAUUGCUGACGGUGAUGGUGAUGGAUGGCUGAGAGCCAGGAACUCGGAGGGUCUGAUUGGGAUGAUCCCCUCCAACUACAUAGAAAUUCUGGACUCCAGAGACUCUGUAUCAAGUGGUGGGCAUGUUGAAAUGUCAGCAAAUGGUAGCCAUUAUGACAGUGCCAGCUACAAUGACAGCACACAGGAAGUGAUGUCAUACUCAUCAGGCGACAUGGAGGUGCAGCAAACAACCAAUCAAAUGCCAGUGGAUAACAGCCUUUCAUUAGGAGAGGGUACCUGGGCCAGAGCAUUAUAUGACUAUGACGCGUGUUCUGGAGAGGAGCUGUCCUUCAUUACUGGCACGCUGAUCCGAAUCCUUCGCAAGGAUGAGAAUGGGGUUGAUGAUGGAUUCUGGGAAGGGGAGCUGAAUGGAAAGGUCGGGGUUUUUCCCUCGCUAUUGGUAGAAGAGAUGGGUCUCGAUGGGGAAAAUGAUAUGCUGUCUCCAGAUGAGCGCCACCCCCCUCCUGCUUUUGUACCUCCUCCCCCAGUGACCAUCACUGCUGCCACCCCUGAGUCAGAAGACCCUCCCUCUAUAAACUCAGAAUACAGCUUAGAGACCAAACUAUCCAACGGUGAUCAGAUUAUGAGAGUGCAUUUUCAAGAUAAAGCCAGGAAGAUUUACACCAUGUUGAAAUCAGGAAAAUCUCCUCACAGAUCACCUGAGGAAAUGUGUGUGUUCGAAGCGGAGUUCAGUGAAGAUGGAGAGGAGUCUCUUGUGUGAUAGAUAGGAAACCCCUAAUCAGUGUUAUACAUUCACAAUGUAUCAGUUGUAUUAGAAUUCAGUGUACAAAUCACAUCCAUACUUUGUCAUGAUUUUGAAGAUUGCAUGUAAAAAAGAUCGGUAUUUUGAUAAGAUGAUUUAAAGAUAAUCUUUUGGGAGGGUGUGUUCAUCUAAAACAUAUUCUUGUUUUCAUUGUACUCAAUAGUAUGUAUGUUAACCAUUAACAUUCUAGUUUUUAUCAUGUAUAUCUUUAAUUGUAUAUCGUAUCAGGUGAAAGGAAUUGAGUAUCGUAUAUGGACAUAUUAUUGUAUCGAAUUCUUACCUUGAAUGAUGUGAUCUGUUUUAUCAGGGGAAGGUAACUCAAUGGAGACUGAGUUAUUUACAACAACCAUGCAUGUUCAUUUUUAGGUCACCGUUUAUGCAAAUCUAAUAACUAUUGCUAAGAAAUCCAUGACAGAAUGGGGAUAAGUCUUGCCAUGUAAGGCCCAUAUCUCCAUCUCUACAUUAUAUAUCGCCCCCUCAGGAGCUGUAAUAUUAUGCAUGUUACCCUUUAUGCAAUGUUUUAUUAUAUGUAUAUAUUUGGUGUUGUGAGACAUUGAUGAAUUCUCUGAAAUUAUCCCAUGGAUUCCAUAUACAAGAUUGUCAUAUCCAUGUUUAGAAUAGUUACAUUCAGAGUUGUGGUUUUUGAUAUUGAUUUGUACAAGUGUUGUGCACAGUGAAACCACAGGUAAUUGUAUCACUUGUGUUCAACUGUACUAUUUAAGAGUACUCUUUAAUAGUAAAUUCGAUCCUGAGCUAUGUAAUUGCCUGUGAGUAAAACCUGCCUAUAUUAGCAUGCUUUGGGAGAUAGAUUUUACGUUGGAUUAGACAGUAUAUCGGAUUAGACAAUGGAGAGAACAUGGAAAAGAGACAAUUGGAAAUGAAAGAAGGGGUUGGAAUAUACAGUAAAAAGGAGUGCACAGGUGUCCGGUUAGGCAGGUUUAACUGUAUGUAGAAAUCUUGUGACUUUUAAAAGUAUUCAAAAUUUUAAGGAAUUUUUUUUCAGAAAUUCGAAGUUUUAUUGUAUGCUUUAAUAUGUGCGAUAUUGAUAGAUGUAGGAAAUCUGAAAUCAAAGAUUAUUCACUUAUAGAAGUCACUUGCACAUUUUUGAAAUGUUUAAUCCUCAGUUUCACCAAAAUCAUGAAAGAUAUUCAUUCCCCCACUUUGGUGUGCCAAAUGUUUGUACUGUAUUCUAAUUAACAUGAUGUUUUUAGUUGCUACACUGUGUCUGUUUAUUUUAAAACCUCUAGGAAACAAAGACAUGCAUCAUCAUGAUUUGUUUACCUUGUUAAAAGAAAUUUGUGUUAGCAUGAGUGGAAGGUGAGACCCUUCAUGUUUUACUUUGUUAUAAUGUGGAUUGUCUACCAUAGAGCUAUGUUGUCAAAAUCCAGAUCCCAGUCAUCUUUUUUCUGUGUCGGAUACCAGUCGACUUUUUUCUGUGCCAUAUUGUGACAGGACUUUUGAUUUGCGUUUCAAUGAACGUGCUAUCUGUAGGCCUUUCAACUUCACAGCGAUUUCAUUUUUAGGAAGGGACUGAAACUGCGCAUCACUUACUGGGGUCUUCACUGACUCGACGGACUUUAUUACCACUUUGUUAUUUGUUAGACAUUUAUUUGUAAUGUUUUGUUGGUUUACCUUGCAUUCCAGACAAUGGAACCUUGACUUUGGGUUUCAGAGCUGACCUACUUUCGAUUUUUCGUUUAUCAUACAUUCCAGAUUGGAAUUAUGUCCGAUAUUAAGUUGUUGGUUUUUUUUAAAAGUAAGUAGCAGACUUAUGGUGAAAACUUAUAUUUUCUAUUAUGUAUCCUGGGGAGUAUACCUUCAGUUUUUGAAGCAAAUAGCUGACCAUUGAUCUGAUAUUUCAAAUACACCUGAUCUGUUUAUUUUAAAAGAUAGAUAUAUACAUGUAUAGAAAAUAUAUGUGUACGAAUUAUAUACAAGUGCUAUGUUCUUAGAUUACAAUUUACUUCGAUGUGCUUUUACGACAGUGCAUUCCAUGUACAUGUACAGUGAUAUACUAACUGCAUUCCUGUUUUUUUUAAUGAAGAGAUAAAAAUCAUAAAUAGAUAAAUAACAUAUAUCCAGAACAGGCAGUCUCUGACAUUCCUCCAGAACAUUUAAUUUCUGUAAUCGAGAACUUUAUUUUACAUUCGCGCAUAAAAAUGAAGACUUGUGUUUUUAACAAGAGGAUGUGAGUGGAAUUUGUGGAUUUUUACAUUUUUGAGUUGUUGUUUUAAAUCGUUUUAGACAGUGCUGACAAAGUUGAUGUAUUAUCUAGUCAAAGUUGUAUUGAGGAACAUGUUGUCAUUAACAAGCUCUGUAUAAAGUUAAACAGACUCGUAUCACAUACCCAAGGUCACAAACUUUGUCAUUUAUCUCGUAUUUAGACAGUCAAUUAUGUUGAAAUAAAUUGUUAAACAUGAGAA